CGGACAACUACGACAAUAUUUAUUAAGGUAAUUUGGUAUAUAUUCCUAUAUUGCGUGACCAGUGUUGCCACACGCACUUAGUCUUGGUACUAUAUUCUCAGACAACCACAAGGAGACGUAUACGGUCGUUUGAUCUGACAGACAGACAGAAUCUUGUAUACCACCAUAAUAAAAAUAUAUAAAAUGGCUAGAACGUCUAGCAUACCCGCUACAAAACAACCUGACCACAAGGCCAGUAUGACACAUACGGAAGAGGUCCAGAGGAGACUGCAAGGCCUAACUGCGGCCAGCAAGUACUCGGAGGAUGAAAUAAAGGCGAUGGUCAGCCAGAUUAAAGAAGUCUCGCCAGAGCUCAAGGACGAUAUAAUCCUGCAAUGCCUGCACGAGAACGAAUACAAUGUACAAGACACCGCUAUUAGCAUCCUUGAUGGCACGGCCGCACCCGUAGAAGAAUCAUGGACAGAGACCAAGAAGAAGCCCAAGAAAAGUAAGAACACAGGACCACCGCAGCACAAGCAAAGAUAUCCCAGGGACAACAACUACCACCACAACAACGACCAACAAAACCGGGGGUCGACGGGUGGCGGUGAUCGGGGUCAUCGAGGGGCCAAUGGGUCGAACGCGCGCGGGGGCUACGCCAAUGGGCAGCCACGGUCACAUGCGAAUAAGGAGAACAGGAACACGAACGUGAAUGCAAGUGCGAGUGCGAGUGCAAACCACAGUAAGGCGGGUCAAGCACCCAAUAGGAGCACAGCGCAGAGUAACACGGCCCAGGACGACGGCCAGGGAUGGGGAGAGGCGGCCGUUGCAGCGGUGGAAGAAGGCGUGGAGAAGGUCACGACCGAAAUUAACAACCAAUGGGAAGCCGCCAGUUCCUGGGGAGAGCAAGUGGCCGGGUCGAUCACUGGCAGUGAGCCUAAGGGUGUACAGGAGGUGACGAGUGGUGUGGCUAAGACUAAUAUCAAGAGCCAAUGGGGUAGUAAGGAUAAGUCAAACAAUGCCAAUGGCACCGCAGCAAGCACGGCUGCGAGUAGCACUACAGCACCUGCCGCACCGGGUGCUGAGAAGGGCCACAGCAACAGCAACACAUACAACACCAACAACACUCGCAACAACAGCCGACAGAACAGCAACAAACAACAACCAGCCACCAAGCAGCAACAGCAAUCACAGUACACACAGAAAGAACCGGAAAAGCCCAAGGCACCCGCUCCCAAAACAUGGGCCAGCAUCCUCAUUCCCAAGCCUGAACCCACCCCCCCACCCCCUCCAGCACCUAAGCCAGUAGAGGCUCAGACGCCCCAAGAGUACCAACAAGCACAGGCCAAGACACCUAUUGCCGCACCUAGCAACAGUAGUAGUACUAGCACUGAACAGCCCACACAACCACACACCACAGCCGACACGGCCUCCACAUUCGCAGCGGAGGACAGCGAGGCACGGGAGGCGGAGAAGGCUGUCAAUGCCACCGCUGAACUGGCGCUCAAGGACGACACCCCCACAAGCACAGCCGUUGAGGAAGCAGCCGCACCUGCACCCUCACACACCACACCUCAGUCUGCGGACACACAGGCACAGACACCAGAGGUGCCCAGCACCCCUGCGGCGGUGGGUACGCAGAAGCCCGUCUCACAGAAGGUCAGCCCUCCCAGCGAGCCGGUUACCAUGCCAACGACUGCCAGCGCUGCGGUUGGGUCGGCUGGACUGGACUUGCAGUUCGGUAGUUUGGGCGGCAUGAACUUUGAUAGUAUCAUUGAUUCUAAUAAUAGCUCGCCAGCUGUUGCGGCAUCAUACAACAGUGGUAACAGCAACACCGCUGUAGGUGGUGUAUCGGACAAGACAACUACCAACUCGAUGGCACCUGGGGCCAACAGCGCACCUUCCGGCCCAACUUCCGUGGCCCCGGUUUCACAAACAGGACAGGAGACAGGUAGUGAGAGCACACCCAUUCAACAACAACAGGUCAAGCCUACACAGGCCGUGCAACAGCAGGAAAUCAAGACACAAGCAGCACCUCAACAACAACAGCAGCAGCAGACAAGUGCCCAGAACCAGUAUGGAGCCCAAAGUGGCAUGGCGAGUAUGAGUGCGACAAGCCUAACCGGUGCUAACAAUGCACAACAGACGCAGCAGAACGCGCACCACAACACGCAGCAACAUCAACAACAACAGCAGCAGCAGCAGCAGCAACACUCGCAAGCCGUGGCCCAGAACAGUGGCGGCGGCGGCGGUGGACGCCGAGGCAGGGGAGGUAUGAACAACAACAACAACAACAGCAAUAGCAGCCAACACCACCAGUACAGCCAGCAGAUGAUGCAGGCCCAGGGUGUGCACCCCCACCUGCAGGCCGUUCAGGGCGGACAGGCGUAUCAGCAGAGCCACAUGGACGCGUACGGUGCCGUGGACCCCUCAAGCAUUGCUCCAAUGGGAUACGGAUAUGCCCACGCCGGUACCAUGGCUCCCGGCUUUGGCAUGCACGGAUGGGGGUAUCAGUAUGACCAGGAUGUGCGCGGGGGCGCUAGCAUGGGCGGUAUGGGAUACUAUGACCCGAAUGCAGCGCCGUAUGCACCUCAGCCUCAAUCGCGCGGCGGUAGCAACGGGCGCGAGCACCAGUCGCGUCACUCACAAAGUGGGGCAGACAAGUACAACGGUGUGAAUGCCAACAGUAUGGAUGGAGGCCUGGCCCAAGGCAACCCUGCGCACACAAGCGCCAAUGCGGCCGGCGUGCCGCCGCAAGCACAGCACUUUGGCAUGUACGGUAAUCCGUAUGCGGCGCACAAUGUGUACGGGCAGUACUAUAUGGGCACACCCAACCCGUACCAACCCACCUACACCGCACAACCGAAGUUCAAUCUCGGGUACCAGGUGUACAACCAGGGCCAGCAACAGCAGCCCCAGCCGCAGCAGCCGCAGCAACAGCAGCAACAAGCACCGCAGCAGCAACAAGCACCGCAGCAGCAGCAGCAGCAGCAGCAGCAGAUGAAUGCGAAGCAGGGUGGGUUACAGCAACAAGCGGGUCUAUCGGGCUACAACAUGUACAGCCAGCAAGGCGCCCCUGGUAUGGGCAGUGCUGGUGUGGGUGCGGGUGGUAUCCCACAGAAUUCUGCGGGCGUGGGCGGAGUUGGUACUAAUGGAGCCGGAAGUGUGGGCAAGCAGAACCUUAAUAACAGUUCGGUAUCUUCGGCUUCGCCUGCGCAGAUGGCGGGGGGCAUGCCGGGUGUAGGAGGGGUCUCCGGUGGGGUUGUCAACCCGUACCAACAGUACGAGCCGCAGCAGCAGCAACAGGCACGUGGCAGUGGAGCUAAUAAUAGCAACCAAUCAGGUGUCAACGGCAGCACUGCGCCUGGAUCGGUGGGCAGUUACGGCGGCGCCGGUCGCGGUAGCACCGGCAAGAGUUCGUCUGGAAGCGUAGACCCGUAUAAAAGCCAGGGCUACGACGAGAGCAAGAACGUAGCGCAAGCACAACAACCCUACGACGCAAGCGGUGCCAACGGCGCAUACUACAGCAAUAUGAACCGAAUGAACAACAGUGUCAAUGUCAACUCUGUCAGUAAGCAAAACUCAUCGGGCAUGUCGAACAAUCCUUAUGGCAACAGCUCAUACCUACAGCAGCAGGCGUACGAACAACAACAGCAGCAGCAGCAGCAGCAGCAACACACCAGCAACGACCGUGCCGGCGCCUAUUGGCCCCAGCAGUAAUUACGCUACUGUACUUAUAAGUGUGUGUAUACACUGUAGGUAGUCACGACAGGUAGAUGGGUAUGGGAACGGAUUAGUUCUCACCGCUGUCACCGUCGGAGACACAUGCUUAUUGCUGGGUUCUGAUUGAGGGGUAGUUAAUGAUGGGUGGGUGUAUUGUCUUGUAUUGGGAGCUGUGGUGCCUUUUAGGCGCUGGGAUGGGAAGUGUGGAGCGCGGGUCAGAGCAGUAGAGCUGAUUUGCAGGAAACACAUGAACAACGGAAGGACGGAACAACAACGCGUGCAUCUAGUGAGGUGCAUGCUAUAUAUGAUAUAGAGUAUUUAUAACGGGGAAGCUUUAAUUUAUUAUCCUCAUGGCCACUCUGGUAGCUACAAACGGCCCAGAGGUGUGCCCAAGCAAUUGACUAUGCCAUUGUGGCGUAGAUCAGCUGGGUGGAGUUGUAAGCGCUGGGGCUUCGAAGCUGGGUGGUGAUGGUGUGCGAGAUCAGAAUUACCUUAUUUGGGAGAACCAGGGACUUAGCCAGUGCGAGUGGCUUUAAGAACACAGCGCAGACAAAUGUCCACACACAAAUGCGAUGUACGAGCACGUGCACGUGUACUGUACGGUGACAUGCGACUACAUGCACGGGCGUAUAUGGGAACGUACACGCUUGUACAUGCUACAGACCAGCGGAAGGUUGUGUGCAAACGAGAAUGUAUAUGUAUAUAUUUAUAUUUUGGUAUUUAUUUAAUAAUGAAAAUAGAACGAACGGCGGGGAGGAGACAGCAUCCGAGCGGGGAAGGGCGCAACAACACUAUAUGUAUCGGACGAUCUAUUCAAGCGUCAGUAUUACACCCUAUAAAGAAACAGGUCAAAUCAGUA